GCUCCUGAUAGCGACGUGUACGGGGAUUUGGCUGAGUGGAAAUUCCUGUCCGGGAUUUGGCUGAGGGAUUGGGCAAGCUCAUCGAAGACGACCCCACCCCAUUGCUUGAUGAUUUUGAAGCGACGGUCCGUGCGCUGCAGUGGGGCCUAGCGUCGGCCCAUGUCAGUGGAGGUGGCAUGGAGGGAGGAGAGGACAACUUCUCCCUUCGUCGUUUGUUGCGUCGUAUUCAGCAUGUCGGUAACGGACAUCGUCUCUCUGACAUUCUCGUUCCCAUUGCUCGUGGAGGCUCGUGGACGCGAGCUCGAAGGCAGGAGGAGAUCAAGGGAGGAGUGGAAGAUGUCUUGUGCCCACGAUGUCGGAACUGCCCAGAGACAAUGCUUCAUCGUGGCUUGUAGUUGCGAGUCGAAUCUAGGAACGAAUGCCUACCAGGACAGCGAUUGUUUGGUCAGCGCAGCCUUUGCACAGUCAGAUGCGGAACCGUGUAUGUGGUUGAGAGGUCUCUUUCCAUCGAGCUACAGUCAAGUCCCUCCUCCCCCCGUUUCAGGAGUCUUGGACCACCACUGGGACGAAUUCGGAGAAUCUGGAGGCUUUUCUGGGAUACGGCCAUCUUGGGGACCCUCUCAUCAUUCUUGGAGACGCCAGCGGAGGAAAAAUGACCUCGGAUCCUCGCUUCAAAAGAGUUGGAGUUGCGACAAUGGCGCUGCAGUCGUACGAGCCAUGCCGUCUGCGAGCUUCGAUCAUCGGCCGUUUGGCUGGAAGCCGACAGACCGUGCCGCGCUGCGAGCUGCGUGGACUGCAGCUCGUCCUCGAGGCCACAGCCGGCGCCAUCUGCUAUGUUACCGACUGCGACAUUGUUGCUGCAGGUUUUGAUGACCGCCUGUACGACAGGCCACCAGGGCCGAACGCUGAUUUGUGGCUCGCGAUUGGAAAAUUGUUGGUCAGCGGACGGGGCCUCGUUCCAGUUCUGUUCGUCAGCUCUCAUUUGGCUCCUGAGCAGAUUGCGGCACUGCGAGUGCCAUCGUGGUUGACUGUUGGAAACACUGUCGUCGAUCUUCUCGCCGCCGGCCGAGGCGGCGGAGCGCGCCCGAAUGCCCGUCCAGGCACUGCGGCGCGCGGUUCAAGCAGAGAGGCUCAUCUACUUGGUGCGGACGCGGCUCUUCGGAACUACCUCCGACACGUUGGUCGCCGAGCUGAAGAAGUCCAACACCCAGGAUAUGUACGAGCUGGCGAACAAGACCACUGAGUUUGAUCUGUGACCGGG